UGUGUGUGUGCGGUGCUUAAGUGGAAUUAUAUGUGCAAUAAUAAUAUUAAAAACACAAAGAAAACAAUAAGCUAUAAACUAUAAACUUUAUCAACCAGAUUUGUAUAAGACUAUUACAAAUAUUUAGCUAAAAGUUUUUUCUGUGCUUAGUGCGUAAAUUUUCCAACAUUCACAAUCCCAUAGUACAUACAAACAUACCUACAUAUACAUAACGUAACAUGUGUGAGCGCGAGUGAGAGCAAAACGUCAACAUGACAGCAACAACAAUAGCAACAGCAGAGUAAAAGAGAGAGCCCCCAGCCAGCUGUGCAGGUCGUCGUGGUCGAUUUCUGUUUUUAGGCUCCCCCAAUAAGGAACAAAAUUUUUCAGUCAAAAUUUUGUUAUUUACAUUGAGCUGCGGCUAAAACGGGUGUCACAGAAUAAAUAUUAUCAAAAAAUUGUUCGUUAUUGAAUUGAAGGUUGUACUACGAAUUGUUAUGCACAUAUUCAAUCUUUACAAACUCAAGUGCAUCAUUUUACACAAACUGCGUCACACUUGGACAUUCGUUGUAUUUGUCGCCAAGCUACUCGAUAAUUGGUAUCGCAGAGCGAUCAAUCACCAGGAGCAGCUCCAACAUAAUAAUAACAACAACAAUAACAACGUAAUGGAACAAGAAGUGCAAGAUGAGGCGGCAGCAGGUCCAGAGGCUCCGGAGGCAAUUGCCAAUGCAAUUAUUGCGGAUGAGCCAAUGGAUGCCAGCGAUGUGGAGAACGAAGAUGCCGAUGAUGAAAUCGAUAUCGAUGAAGACGACGGUGACGUCGAUGAUGAUGACAAUGAUUUAAGUGAUGAAGAUGAAUCCGAUCCCGAACUGGAGGAAAUGUAUUCGGAUAACGAUUGGACAACAUCUAACGAUGAAAGCGAAAUGUCCACAACCAUAUCGAAUGUGGGCCUGGGACCCAUAGAGCCACUCAUACCGCAAACAGCCCGACCCAUGUACAGCUUUCAGCCAGCACGUCUGAUCAAAUGUCAGUUCAAGGACAAGCAUUGCAUUGGUGGCUUUCCACUUGGACGCAGUGGUCAUCGCAUUAUCGCAUCCAAAUCGCAUCUCUAUUCGCUCGGUGGCUAUAAUCCGCGCAGUGCGCUGACUGCCGCCAGACGCGGCAGGUGUCUGCUCUUCCAGGAGCUCUGGAGCUACAAUUUCGCCACAAAUCAUUGGUCGCUGGAGCUGAACGCGGACAAUGCCAGCAAUAUGCCCACAGAGCUGGCCUCCAAUGCGCUUGCCAUUCACAAUGAUGUGCUGAUUUCGCAUGGCGGCACUGGCUAUCCCUUUGGAGAGUCGUGCUCGAAUGAUUGCUACGUGUACCGCACAAGCGACGGCAAUGCCGGCGUGGAGCGUUUAAAGGUUAGUGGGGAUUUGCCGACAGCUCAGUACGGACCGGGCAUUGUCAUACACAAACAUUAUUUGUACACUAUUGGCGGCACGACGGGAUUCGAUUAUUCAUGCGAUGUGUACCGCUUGGAUUUGCUCACCAAGGUCUGGGAGAACGUAUACAUAUGUCGGCCGGAGAUGCGUGACGAUCCGGAGGGGCGUUAUCGGCACGAGGUCGUCUACGAUGGCAAACACAUCUUUGUGCUCGGCGGCGGCACCUCAAACUCGGUGUACGAUCUGCAGCGCAUACCAGCCUACAAUUUGGAUGCAAAUAGCUGGGAUUAUUUUGAUACGCUGCCGGAUCGCAAGAGUGGGGCCUGGAGCCAGAACGACAAGGGCUACCCGAGACCGCGCAAAUGCUUCUCCUGUGUGCAGCAUCAGUCCUCCAACGGCGACAUCGAAGCUUUUAUUACCGGUGGACUGCAGGGUGAUUUCUCGACGUAUUUCUCAGACAUCUGGAAGCUGAACUUACGCACCAAGCAGUGGUCAAUCAUACAGACGGCCAGCUUGCCACGUCCCUUGUACUUCCACUCGGCGGCACAUUCGGACAAUGGCUGCAUGUAUAUCUUUGGCGGCAUUGAGUACAACGAUAAGGAGACAUUGAAGCGCCGCAAUGAUCUCUACAAGAUGUGGAUGACCAUACCAAAGCUAAGCGAAAUAUGCUGGGAUGCUAUCACCUAUUACAAUGAUAAUCUCGAUCUGUACGAUCGCCAGACUCUGCUCAGUGUCGGUAUACCCAAGAGCUUUACAGAUCGUCUGCCCGCGCAGAGACCGGACGUCGUGAAUGGGGACCCGAGCGCACCUAUAGUGACAUCAUUGUACUCGAUUGCGAAACGCGCCCGAUCCCAAAUGCAAUAAUUGGCUAACUUCAGGAGCUUUUUAUCCCAAUCCCUGCCCAAAAAUAAAGUUGUGAAUUGAGAA